ACUUGGUCUGUCAGAGUUUUAGUAUCGAUAGUUCCCAUAGACCCUGAACGCAGCUCCCGGUCUGUUUAAUGUGGUGUUUUCUGAUUGGACCUCCUGCAGGAAGCGAGACGGAGGUUCAUGCUUCGCGAUUAUGUGAUAGACUCAGGCUGUUUUCUCCUGAGCUGAGUUAAAUUUCACUUUUCUUUAACUGGGUUUUGAAUGGACCGUAAUAAAGCCUCAUGCAUUCAGUUUGUUGUGAUUUGUGUCUUCGUCGUCCUGAGGGCAGAGGAGCGGGAAGGUGACGGAGGAGGCUGGUUCUUAAAUUCAGAUUUCAGCUUACAGGAUGAAGGUCCCUGUAACAUCGACGUGUUGGACAGCUCCUCGCUCUCAUAUCAGCAGUUCAUCGAAAGAUAUGCAUACAGCAGACCGGUCAUCCUCAGAGGUCUGACCGAUAACACGAAAUUCAGGCUGCUGUGCUCCAAGUCAAGCUUACUGCAGGAAUACGGCGGCCGGAAAGUGAGGCUCAGUACAGCGAACACCUACUCUUACAGGAAAGUGGACGUGCCUUUCCGGGAGUAUGUGGAUCGUUUCCUGAGGCCUCAGUCCACUGACGCCCUCGGCAGCGACACGCUGUAUUUCUUUGGAGACAACAACCUCACCGAGUGGCAGAGUCUGUUCGGGCACUACGAGUCUCCUCCGUACGUCCUGCCUCACACCAGCGGCGCGUACAGCUUCGGGAUCGCAGGUCCUGGAACAGGAGUUCCCUUUCACUGGCACGGCCCUGGUUACUCUGAGGUCAUCUAUGGAAGAAAGCGCUGGUUCCUCUACCCGCCUGACAAGGAGCCUCAUUUCCACCCGAACCACACCACCCUGUCCUGGGUGACGGAGACCUACCCCCACCUGCCCGAGGACGAGGCUCCGCUGGAGUGCACCAUCAGACCCGGAGAGGUGCUGUAUUUCCCCGACCGCUGGUGGCACGCGACUCUCAACCUGGACACCAGCGUCUUCAUCUCCACCUUCCUCGGCUGAGGAACCGAGUGAACUGUGACCUCUCUGAUUCCACAUGAUGCCAACGUUUAGUUUCAGGGACUAAAGAGAAGCAUCGUCACAUUCCAGGUGAAUCUCUCGAGACCCGAGAUUCAUUUUGUUCUUUAAAGCAGCCAUGUUUUCUGCUGCUGCUGAGAAUAAUAAUAAUAAUAAUAAUAAUAAUAAUAAUAAUGUGCAUUUAAUGACCAAAGCAGCAGAAACAGAUGGUGUGGAUCAGGGUUCAGCAGGUGUGGGUGUAGAACAAGGUGCAGCAGUUACUGUACGUGCUUCAGCCACACGCCACCAGGACCAACGGCCAAAAUAAAAACUGGACUUUUAUUCUGCACUGAACAAAGUUAAACACAAAAACGCAACAGGACCAUCACUUACAGCUCAGAUGGAGACACGUGAGAGUUAAUUCCAUACAAAUGUCAUUCUGAUUCACCUGCUGAGCUCUGACAUUAAAACGCUGCCAGGUGACAUGAUGCCUGUGCUUGUUUGAACAGAUGAAAAUAAAAGAUCGGGACAGUUUCCGUGUGUGUGACUCUGCAGCGAACGUGUUCAGACAUCAGCAGGUUGAUGAUUCAAAGUUCAAACGAGCAGCUCCAGCUAAAAGAAAAGCACACACUGAGUUUGUGACGAAGCAGCGACGCCUCAGGCUGGAUCCUGAUUUCAGUUUCCAGCAUGUGAACAGAAACAUGUGCAGCACACACGUGUUACCAGAGACAAAGGGUUUAACAAUGAACAAGAAAAGAAAGU